AUGGAUCCUAUUCUGACGGUGCGAGGCAAGGGUCUUGUUGGAUUUCGGCCUAGGGUGUUGUCACUUAGGUCUCGUCCCUCUGUAUGGCUACGUUUGCUUGCCUGUUUCCUUGGUCUGCUUACCAUUCUUGGGACUUUCUCGUGUCUCUGUGGGCCCGGUGAUAAUUUCCUAUUACGUCAAUGGAGCCAUUACACUCGUCCGGCAGUUCUUCGACCAGGGCAAUAUCGGGAGACGGCGGGCAAAUCCGUUGAGGAUCUAGGACGGAAUGCGGAAGCUGAUGAGAUGGGCAUCGUGCAUGAUAAAAGAGAUGAAAGCUUCUACCUAGGCGGCACCUUAACCUUGACCAGCUCGCAGUCCCUCGAUGGCCGUCACCCAGGCCCCGUCAUCUACGACCCUUACCCUGACUACAACAGCAAACAGUGGAGAAAGACAUAUCGUGGUCGCUUUCAGCCAUGCUUAGGUCCAAGGGGACGGGAUCUAGAUCGCACUUGCUCGGAAGACAUGGUUCUCGUUUACAAAGGAAAGCAACUUGGGUUCCCCGAGUCUCGAUUUGGCUCACACGAAGCAAUUGAUCUCGAUGGAGAUGUCUGCACAGACCGAUACUCUCGCUUUGGAGCGUACGGUUACGACGAUGACAGCGAAGAUGACGUUCCCGGUUUCACUCGGCCACCACUGGUACACUGGAACGAAGUUGACUGGAGCGACCUUCAAUCCCACUGCUUCGAGAGAAAUGCGGAUCGAUACAAGCCGAACAGUGCACUAAACCAGACUCAUCAGCGUCCUCUCUCUUUUGAGCUUAGAGAGCCACCUCGAGAGACUUUCGAGGAACCCACUGCCACCGGGGUAAAGCGAUAUCAUGCUCGAUCAGCCGUCCUCAUCCGAGCAUGGAAUAGUAUGCUGUGGACACAGAAUCACCGCGAGUAUCUUCGAGCAAUGAUCAUGGAGCUUUCCUUGCAUUCGGGGGCCGAGUACGAGGUCUUCCUCCUAAUUCAUGUGAAGGAUGACGAACUACCGAUCAUCUCGGAUGCCAAAACCAUGAAUAAUCUGCGAAAGUUGAUUCCGCCUGAGUUUCGUAAUAUUGCCCUGUUUUUCAACAAUAAGUUGCUGGAGGCAUGGUAUCCCAAGAUUCCUGAUCAUAGCGCCGUUCUACAACAUCACCAGCCGCUACAGAUCUUUUCCCAGCUAUACCCGAACUUCGAUUACUAUUGGCAAUUCGAGAUGGACGCACGACACACCGGCAAUAUCUAUCACUUCUUGGAUAAAGCCACCUCCUUCGCCAAACAACAGCCGCGGAAAUACUUAUGGGAACGAAAUGCUUAUUUCUACACCCCCGGCGCACACGGUACCUGGGCAGAGUUCUUAGAGAUGACCAACAACAGCCUCCAAGAUGUGUCCGCGAACACGAUCUGGGGACCAAUCCUGGGCACAGGAAUCAGAUCCAUAGGCCCAGAACCACCAAAUCCUUCCCCAGAGGACGACGACUUUGAUUGGGGCGUCGGAGAAGAAGCAGACCUCAUCACGUUCCUCCCAAUAUUCAGCCCCAAGGAAACAACCUGGACCUUCCCAGACAAAGUUUGGAAUUUCAAACACGGCCUUCACACUCCACGUCGCGCCAGAGUCAUCACAAUGGGCCGGUACUCACGGCGUUUGCUCAAUCUCAUCCACAAGUCGCAGGCAACACAAGGACUUGGUCUCGCGUCUGAAAUGACAGGUGCUUCGUGGUCAUUGUACCAUGGACUGAAAGCUGUACAUGUCCCGCACCCGAUAUACGCUGAUGGCCAGUGGACAUCGAACGAGCUGGCGCGAAUCUACAAUCGCGGGUUACCGGAGAACAUCAAUGGUGGGCCAGACAGUAUUUGGAACUUUGACCAUUUGUAUGACCACAUUAUGUACCGGCUUUCCUACAUGUUCACGACACAUACGGCGGAGGAUUUGUACAGGAGAUGGCUUGGAUACCGAACUGCGGAAAAUGAAGGCGGGAAGAAGUCAACGGAAGUUCGGUUUGGGCGCCAUUGCUUCCCUUCUAUGUUUCUGCAUACCAUCAAGAACACCGAUAGCAGAUUCGGAACGGUCAAAGCAGUUCCGUGA